GCCCACUUGCUGGCCGCAGACCCGGGUCGCCCGGCGCCCGCGAUCGGUGGGUCACUCACCUCGCAGCCGGCUACCUGGAGGGGCGGUGCUGGGGCCCGUCCCCCGCCCGCUCCCUCAAUGCCUCCGGGCUGUGGCUGCUCGGGCCGCGCGCCUGGCCGCCACCGAACGCUUACUCCAUCUCCUCCGCCACUCCCGCGGCCGCAGAACCCCGAGACCGAGGAGGAGUAAAGGGGGAAAGGGAGGGAAGGGACCGGGGAGGAAGAGCACCGGAGGGGGAAGAGCACCGAAAGACCUGCCCGCUCCUACAUGACGUCACUUCCGGGUGGCUCGGAAGGGGAGGGGCUUGGCUUCCCUCCGCCCCCCCGCGAGGCGGCGGGGGCGGGGCUCCCGGGCCGUGGGGCGGAGCCCGGGCGUCCGCCAACCGCCCUACUUUUGACUCUCCGGUUCAGAAGACUUGGAAGACCGGACGAACUUCCCAGGCCCAGGCUGGGCAGGCCAAGUUUCCGGAGCCAUAGAAGGGGAUUCUCCAAGAAAGCGAGGACAGGAGGUCGGGAAAUAACAAAUGUCGUCGCAUCCUGUUCAAUGUUUAUACUUUCUACUCUGUAAAAACACCUUGGUGCCUCCAGUUGAAGUGCAAACUUCCCAGCUAAGGAAAGAGGAAGAUCUUGUCAUUUCUUCACACAGCAAGCGAGAGAGGGAGGUGAUUCCCAACUUAAGUCUACCUGAGACCAACGACUGGCUUACCACAGCAAGACUGGAAUAUUUCCCUGACCAGUUCAUUGGUACUCUUACUCAGCAGUUAGGGCAAAGCAAAACUGAAUUAACAAGAUGUAAUAUUCAAAAGAAGAUUCUCUUUGAAGUCCUAAUAAAAUAUUACCAACACAGAUCCUGCCUGUUAACUGAUAGAUAUACUGACAUUCAUUUAGGAAUUAUGGAACUUCUAGAUAACAUAGUUUGAAUUUUUAGAGAUCUA